AUGCUACCUAUGUGGGCUAUGUCGCCUUCGCUGUCUGGUACCUCCACUGAGCGCGGUCAAAGCUCCUCCCCCGAACGAAUUACUAGCGAAAGCCCAAAUGGUAGCAGACGAAUUCUUCCCAGAAUCCCGCGGAAGGUUGGAAUAACCCACGACAACGAAAGAAAGUACGCGAUGGAGAUCGAGAUGGAGACCGCUCAAGACGUCCCGACUGAGCUUACCAAUGGGUCUACGAAGCGUCGCCGGAGCGCCUCUAUUGAUACAGUUAUCCUUGGUUCGAAAGUAAAAACCAGCGAUGAAGAGGACAUGCCACAUCACCCGAACAAUAAUAAAGAUUUCCCGGUCAGUUCACACAAAGCUCGUAGAAAAGGUAGCAUGCCCGGUGGACACAGAAAACCGAAUCCCUCUUUCAACUCAAACAAGGUCGGUUUUGAUAAGUUUAAGAAUGGCUCGGCCGAUGGAGAUUUUUAUUACGCAGACCAAUUGGAGUCCCAGACUUCCGAAUUUGUUCAGGGACCAGCGAAUCCCUCGAAGUUUAAAACCGGCUAUGUAUCUGGGCUUCUGGGCAUAAAGGCCAAACCUACUUUCAACCCAAUGCUAUAUCAUGCUUCACUGAAAGAAUGUGAUUCUUCAAAGGUUACCAAAAAGAAUCUCUCCCCUUACUGGUUCCACUGCCCCUCCGUGUCAUCGAAUCUAGAAAAUAUCCCGCGCUUCCAAUCUUCCAGUAUCUACUACUCCUCAAGGGAGGAAUAUGAGACUGUGAAUCGCAUCGACAAAGCCGGAUUGAAUCCUAGGGUUCCGACUCAGUGUGAAGGUUCUGUGGCUUCCCUUACAACGGAGGAGGGUUAUUCGACCGACAGAGGAGUUGAACAUGAGCAUCAGAAGCUCAGGCGCGGUGGCAAUAUCUCCGAGAAAAAUGAGAUGGAUACUGAACUUGCCAAGCACAAAGAAUUGAAUCAGCAGAAAGAGGCUCGUGCCAGAGUCUGGGUCGAGAGUAACUAUGAUAAUGACCCUGCCGAGGAGGAUAAUUAUAAUACAAGGUGCAGUAGGAAACUAGGGAAUGCAAUCCAGGAUUUGCAGAAUGCUGUAAAAAUGCGCGCCGAGAUGGCGAGUCAGAAGGAGCUAGAGUGCCAGUCAAGUAACUAA